AUGGUUUGUUUUUUAAGGUAUGGAGCGGGCUACGAUUUGGCAGCGCGGCGGAAGAACGCGACGAGAGAGUCGACUGCGACGUUGAAAGCGUGGCUGAACGAGCACAAGAAGAACCCCUACCCGACAAAAGGAGAGAAGAUCAUGUUGGCGAUAAUCACGAAAAUGACACUGACCCAGGUCUCGACGUGGUUCGCCAACGCCCGCCGCCGUCUUAAGAAAGAGAACAAGAUGACCUGGGAGCCGAAGAACAAGACGGACGACGACGACGACGCCGUCCUCUCCGAUUGCGACGACAAAGACAAAGACGACGACGAGGACAAGAUUAAGGAUCACCACAGGAUCGGCAAAGAUUCGUUACUACACGUGAAAGCCGAGCACAGGCUGAAGGAGCUGGACGAAGACGACGACAUGUCCGACGAGGGCAAGGUGGGCAACGACAUGAUACCGACACACCACAUGCUCGGUCCACCUUCUCACCACAUGAUGCUCAAAGACGAAAUGUCCAAGGACUGCGGGGUUCCCGUCCCGGCGACCAAGCCGAAGAUCUGGUCCCUGGCGGACACCGCCGCCUGCAAGACACCUCCGCCUUCGGUGCAGGCCACCUGGGGGCCGCCGUCCUACAGGCCGCCUCCGGGCAGCGGGUACGGCUACUUCGGAGGCUACCCGGACGUACAGACGGACACACCGCCGCAGACUCCGCCGAACAUGAAACUCCCUUCCUACCAAGGGCCGCCCCAAGGGUACCAGGGACACCCGGGAUACUACCCUAGGCAGGAGGCAAGUCCUCUCCAACCACCGCCACCUCACCACCAGCCCAACAACGAAGAAACUGCUUUCAAACCUUUUUACAAAAGUUCACCACAGAUGAGUGGAAGCUUUGUUUCUCCGGUGUAAAGCUAAGACGCCGAGUCAACGUACCUUCGUCUACCAUUUUCACAGGGAAGGUGUCAAAGUGAAUCUCCGAGGACAGAGUGUAACGUGAAGACGAUUGUUGUAUAUUGUAAAUUUUUCCAAGUGUUCUAAAGUAUACGAUCCCCAUAAAUGGACAAUUUGAUUGGGGCCACUGGAUUUGUGUUUUCUCUUGUAUAUAUUUAAAUGAAAGAAUAAACAUAAUAGUUGUACUACUCUUUCUUAGAUUAAAAGAAAAAAGAUAUACUUUGACAUAUACAUUUUAAUUGUUUAUGGUUGUGCUAAUUUUGUUAAUUGUUGAA